GUAUGAGUGUGUGUGGGGUGGGCGGUCCAUUCUGCUUUCCUACAAAAUCUGAUAUAAAGCUGUGUUGCUAUGGGCAACACACAGAGGGAGGGAACAGGGUAUGAUCAAGCAAGGAUGGUGAAAAAUAACCACUUUUUGGCUUUUUUUAUUGCGUGAGCUGACGUAGAUAUCUGUGAGGACAGCAGAGAGCGAAAAAGAGAGAUAGAGAGGGGAUGCUGAGUGGGCAGGAAAACAGACGGCGAGCAUCCAAUCAGCUGCAGCAAAGUCAGCGUCCUUUUGUCCAAUAGAGUGUGACGAGUCUCUUCCAGUGUGAGCUAACAGCGCUGGUGGCUGCUGUCUUAUUAAUGAAUGGAGCGUCUCACAGGCAGCAAAACGGUGCUUGAGCUCUCUCUCCCUCGACGGAAAAGGCAGCACAAACAGAAUAGUACUAGCGCUUUGCACCUCGACAGAAAACAACUGCAGCUGCCGUGCGCAAACAUGAAGAAUCACCAACAUGAGGACGAGAACUCUGACAGCGAUGGAGAACAGGAAUCUUCUGUUCCUUCUACAACAAAUGUCCGUCCUUCUGCUUCCUCUUCCAACAUCCUCCUUCCCUCCUCUUCUCAGCGGAGAUCCAUCUCCAUGGGAGACUUUCGGAGAGUCCCUGCUGGACAGGCAGGCUCCGAGCCGCCCUCUGCAGCCGCCACGGCACCCUCGUCCAAGCUGGUCACCCCCAGCUCCAGUAUGGAGUUCGAAGCAGCUCGUCGACGCCUCCUGGAGGUGGAGGAGCGCCAACGAGUCAUCAGGGAGAUGGAGAAGCGGCUGGAGGAGUUAAGAGAAGUGUUUGUGCGUUCCGAACAGGAGGCGGUGGAACAUGGGGAGCUGGUGGCCCGCAUCACCGCUGCCGCCCAGCAGGGCGAACUAUAUGUGGCGGAAAACGGACAGCGGCUGAAAAAGGGAUUGCGGUUUAAGCGGCACAGGCCCACUAUUGUCUUCUCCUCCAUGCUGGGGCUGAGAACGUGCCUCCCUUGGCCUGUUAAACUCAAAUAGUGAAACAUCUGCUGCAAGACGGUCUUUCACCGCUGUUACACGUCACAGCAUCAUCCAAGAAUGUCUGAGGCUCAUUUUCUACUCGCUAUUAGUCAGGAAAUGCUGAAACCUUUGCUUUGUUUGUAUAUAUUGUUAACUGAGAUCUCAGAUGGUGCUUCAUUUGAGCCCACUGAAAUGGCGCAGGCCUCAUAUUUGCUGCUUGAACAACCCAAGACACUGGGUUAUUUUCUGCAAUGUGUGUGAACUCUGCUGAUGUUUAGAGCUCUGUGCAUGUGUUACACUCAAUGUACCUGGGGUUGCUUCAUGUGCGUGAAUGGUGUGAAUGUCAGGAGACAGCAGGGUGCUAAUCUUCCAGAAGUAGUCACUCAGGUUUCCUAUGAUUGGUCCAAAACGAAAAGCUUUCUUCUGCAGAGACAGAUUUAGGCCUUUCACUCCAAGAACGUUAACUAUAACAAUAACUAUAUGUGACCUUGGACCACAAAACCAGUCUUAAGUGUCAAUUUUUCGAAAUUGAGAUUUAUACAUCAUCUGAAAGCUGGAUAAAUAAGCUUUCCAUUGAUGUAUGGUUUGUUAGGAUCGGACAAUAUUUGGCCGAGAUACAACUAUUUGAAAAUCUGGAAUCUGAGGGUGCAAAAAAUUCAAAAUAUUGAGAAAAUCACCUUUAAAGUUGUCCAAAUGAAGUUCUUAGCAAUGCAUAUUACUAAUCAAAAAUGAAGUUUUGAUAUAUUUACGGUAAGAAAUGUACAAAAUAUCUUCAUGAUCUUUACUUAAUAUUCUAAUGAUUUUUGGCAUAAAGGAAAAAUGGAUCAUUUUGACCCACUCAAUGUAUUUUUGGCUAUUGCUACAAAUAUACUCCAGCGACUUAAGACUGGUUUUGUGGUCCAGGGUCACAUAUUAGCGUCGACACCAAUGGAUGAUAACGUUCUGGUUGUUAUAAGCAUGCGAUGCAGUUAUGUAGUCUGCCACUGUGAAUGCUCAACUCUUUGAUGUCAGGUGGAUUCUGAUUGGCUAUCAAAGAUUUUAUCAUUCAUCAGCUGGAAAAAUUGGUUCCAACAAUAUUCAGUAUUGUUACAGUUGUAGUGCGGACUAGUGUGAACUUUAUAGUUAUAGUUCCUGCUGUAGUUAUCAUCCAUGGUGUGAAUGACAGAUGAAUUGUAUGCGAUUGUGAUUGUACGAUUUGCGCACAUAUACUGGGGGCUUGCGAGGAGGUGCGCACAUGCGCUUUGGUCCUCAUGAGUACAUCUGGGACGCCCACUGAGCAUGUGUGGAUGGAGAAGAGAAGUGGCGAUUUAUCUCUCUUCGUCAACGUUCCAUCUGGGGCCUCUCUCGUCCCCCUGUCGCUUAGCAACCUGGAUCUGACUUGCAUUUCCUUCAGAAUGUAUUUGACAUCAACAGAUCUAAAACUACAGCUCAUGAAUGACAGGCGGAGGACAUUUUGAAAUUCUUCCUGUGUGAAUUCAUUCACUGCAGACUGCUGGUUAGUUUGAGUGUACACGACUGAAAUUGCCAUCAAAUAUGUAGUUAAAAUACGUAAGCAAAUGGCUGUGUCCGAAAUGUAAGUCCCUGUCAGUUAAUGACCUCCCAGGCUUUCAGACCGGCUUCUAAAGCAUCAUACUGUCAUGUUUAAUGAUCUAGAACUAAUUCUUGUGAGAGAUAACCAAACAAAUAUUUAAUGACGACAAAUGCUUAAUUCUUGCCAGAAAAUCAUACAUAACGAAUGUACAUUCAUAAAUUAUUAACCACUCCAUCAGAUACCAUUUUCAGUCUUGAACCACACGCAUAGAAUAAUGGAAAACCACAGGCAACAUAGGAUCAAAAACCUUCAAAACGAACCAGAUGAAGGCAUGUUAGACAGAAAGGAUGUUAUGCUAACAUCUAAUGCCUUCCUACCUCCGUAUGCUACCUGCAAACGCUGCUUUUUUUCAGGUUUCAGGCACAACCAAUAUCACUCAUUUGGUUCUGAGUAGAAGUGUAUCACAUAAUCUUUUUGGUUGGUUAUUUGGUGCAACUGCUCUCAUGGAAACUUCCUGUCUCCUCUGCGUUUCCUCUCUCUCUCUCUUUGAGCAAAUGGCUGUGGCUCAGCCUUGUUUGAGAGGAGUGCGUUUGGGGACUUCAGCAAAACACAGGAAACUGUUAUUCUUGGCUUGAACCGGUUAAUUCUGGAAGAUUCUGGGCUAGGUAGAGAGAGAAAGAUGAUGUGAUGCUGGCUAUCCUUGUAUGUCUUUAGUGAGCAGAAUAACCUUUCCUUCGGCAGAUAAAUUUAUGCUGUACCGCGCGGGGUGAGCCAGCAGGACCGUACAUCACCACUGAGAAUAUAGCCUGCACCUGGCAUCUUGCCUCAUUGUGUAAGCAGACAGUCGCUCUACUCGCUGCAACAUAAUGGGAAAAAACACUGAAUUACUGCAUCGAAAUAUAUCAUUAUAUAUAAUGUAUGCUUUUAAAAUUAUAUUAUUAUUAAUAACACAAAUAAUAAUAUUAAUAAUUACAUUUAAUGAGCACAAGUAAUUAUAGCAGAAGUACUAAUAAUUUGUAUUAACUUUGUUCUGUAUUAGAUUCUGGUCAGAAGUCUUUGAUAAGAUUUUAAGUGUCUAUUUACUCUUAUGUAACAUUAAUUAUUAAAUUGAUACGCUGUGAUUACAAUCAUUGCAUACACACAGAAUGUCUUUUAACAGGGUCACUUUGCAAUCUACUCUAUAUACUACUGCUGCACGCAUGGUGUUUUUUGUCUCUGCAGCUCUGCGUGACACCCACGCAUCUGCUUGUGACGCCGUUAGAUUUGCGUCAUUUGACGGGGCAGGAUGCCUGCAGACCACAGUCUUUAUUCUUUAUAUUAAUCAGGGGUAAAGCAAACACAAUAGAAGUGGCUGAACCUCAAGGGCUACUUACACUACUUUAGUGAUAGAACAUCACAGCGUCCUUUAAUGGUUGGGCUGAUCUCCCUUAUUUUAGUGGGGAUUUGAUUUAGGCAGCUGUAGAUUAUGCUACAUUUAGGACACAUGAUUGAUUGGCUGCUGUAGAGUAUGAAAGAUGAUUGAACAUGCCUGCAAUGUUCUUCAGUGAUAUACAGUAUUAACUGCAAACCAAAUGUUGUGAUGAAAGCCUUGUGUGAGGACAUGUUUUUAGCGAUUACUGUUGGUAUGAAGUGAUCCAUCUGGGUUCCCCUACAAACAUUUACCAUGGUAACUACAGUUUAGUGUUGUAUGGUUUCAAAAGAUGAUAUUUAUUUCACAGAUCUCUGGAGUGCUUGAUUCUGAUUGGUCAGUUGUGGUAUUCAGCGCUCUGAUAUUUCAUAAUAUAGAGUGCAAUCGUGUCCACCCACUUUUUUCAGUGGUUUUGGUUCCAGAAGUAUUCCUAUUCAUUUUUCCCAUAGGUUUUUUAAGUGUUCAUUUAAGAGUUAUAAGCCAUGAGCCAAACCAAUCAGCUGCAAGGUGAAUCACAUCAUUAUAAACUAAAUUAUAAAGAAAAAAGUACAAAACUGUGUCCUCAAGUUUUAACUACAGUCCCAUAAAGUAUUGAAAAUGAUAGAGAAAUAUAAAUGGUUGACUCAAAGAUGUUGAUUUUAUAUUGAGAAACAUUUAUUUUUUUGUUUAUUGCAAAAUAUGCAUAUUAGGCUGUAUUCACAUUUAAGAAUGUAGAGAAACUGGCUUUAUUUGUAGUGCUUCAUGGGAAUGAUUUGCUUCUCGCAAUUCUGUGACUGGUAAAGAUUUCUUUGCAGAAUCUUUGACAGUGUAGUUUUUCACCAGAAAUUUCACUGUUGAACAGGAUUAUAAAAAAAAUAAGCUGAAAGAAUGCAGACUGACAUCUUCCACAAAAGUAUAAACAAUCGAUUAACAACUUCGUAGGUCACAGGAGGUCCAUCUUUAAAGGUGUAUAAUUUAUCUUUCAAAAUGAAUCUCCUACAGAGAAAAUGAAUGGGAUUUUUACUUCUGGAACUUCACUAUUAUGCACUAGCAUUUCCAUGGUUUCAUUCUGGUAAUAAAUACUGUCAGGUACCAUGGUAAACUUUUUAAGGGAUUCUUGGUAGUAGAAAUCCAGCAAUGCUACCAGAUGACUGGUUGGAUGGUUUCUCAUUGCAUUCGUGAUUUGUAGGCUACAUUUUCUCAAAAGCUAUGUAGAGUUAAACAUUCAUCAAAUGCCUUAUCUCAUUUACUGUAAAUAUGUAAUUCAUUUAUGUUGUGUGGUUUAAAGACACCUCAGAUGGAGUCUCUCUCACGCACUGGUUGUUGCACUGCACCUUUUAUGAGUUUUGCUAUGACAGAAAUUAAUAGAAAAGCUUUCCCAAAGAUCUCUCUGGGCCCACUUGCAGGAUGAAUGUAAAGUCUGUCCUUGUGUCCAUGUAUACAGUUAUGAUGCCAUAUCCUAUAGGUUUCAUCAGGUAACACUAAUCUUUGUAAACAGUUUUGUUGGAUAUCCUGCUUUUGUUGUAAAUAUUUAGAUUAGCUGAUUCAUUAUUUCUUUUCUCAACUGUAAAAUAAUUUUCUCCAAGCUAGUGUAAGCUUAAUGCUCAACGAUAGCUUUUAUUUUUAGUGACAGUAUAAGAGAAGCUUUUCUGAUAAAAAAGACAUUUAAUGGGGUUCACAAACUCUUUAAAUUUAACUUUUGCCUUUGACUGUAUUCUUUUGAACACUAUUGAAAUUGAAUAAGAAUGUAUCAUGCUUUGAAUUUAUGUAUUUAAUGUGCUUUUCAAAGUUUUAUUCACAAUCUUUAAAAAUGGCCUAUUCUGUAAUUACUGAAUUUAAUUAUGUGUAAGAUUCAACAUUCAAAAACCUUGUCUGUUGUCUAACACUAAAAUUAUGUAUUUUUAUUUCCUCUUUAUGCUGAAAUAAUCACUAAAUUUUUACUACAUUA